UUAAAUCUGAUCUUUCUCUUAGAGCUGCAAUAUGCUAAUGCUGUAAUGCGCUUUGAUUAUGUCUGGCUUCGAGACCACUGCCGCUCAGCAUCGUGCUAUAAUUCUAAGACUCAUCAACGGAGCCUGGAUACUGCCAGUGUGGAUUUAUGUAUCAAGCCAAAGACCAUUCGCCUGAAUGAAUCCACACUCAUCUUCACUUGGCCAGAUGGUCAUGUGACUAGAUAUGAUCUGGAUUGGCUGGUGAAAAAUAGCUAUGAAGGGCAGAAACUAAAGGUAAUCCAACCUAGAAUAUUAUGGAAUGCUGAACUCUAUCAGCAAGCCCAAGUUCCAGCUAUAGAUUUCCAGAGUUUAUUAGAAACAAACGAUGAACUGAAGAAGUUUCUGCAGAACCUUCUGCUAUAUGGAAUUGCAUUUGUAGAAAAUGUCCCUCCCACUCAAGAGCAUACAGAGAAGUUGGCGGAAAGGAUCAGUUUAAUCAGAGAAACCAUCUAUGGAAGGAUGUGGUAUUUCACUUCAGAUUUUUCCAGAGGUGACACUGCCUACACCAAGCUAGCUCUAGAUCGGCACACUGACACUACCUACUUUCAAGAGCCCUGUGG